AUGCACUUCCCAUCACCUGUGAGCAGAGACAAGGUCAUAUCCAAAUUCCCAAAGUGUAUUACUCUACAUGCCUGUCUGCAGAUGGAGGACUGGAAUACUCAGGCAAAGGUUGUCUGUAAAGACAGCGCCAACACGCAUCAGGUAUGGGACAGACUGAAAAUGUUCAAAGCAGUGGUUGUUGGUGAUCUGAAUGUGGGUAAGACGUGCCUAAUCAACCGGUUUCUCAAAGAUAUAUUUACCAGAGACUACAAGGCCACCAUUGGAGGUGACUUUGAGAUUGAGAGCUUUGAGCUCUCAGGAGCUCCAUUCUCCCUUCAGAUCUGGGACACUGAUGGCCAGGAACAUUUAAAAUGCAUCGCUUCAGCAUACUACAGAGGAGUUCAGGUAGAAUAUGGAAACCCUGGGGGGGGUUCACUGUUGCUGUUUGACAUGGCAGACAUUAAGACCCUGCAAGGUAAGCAAUGGUUAGAGGAGACCAUGAGGGAGAAUGAACCUGGUCGGAACCAAGAGUGA